UACUUUGUUCCAGACAUGCGCACUCGCCUUGCGGCGCUCGGAGAAGUAAUGAUGGCGUCCUCGGCUGCUCGCUGUUCCUCACGCUGGAUGACUGUCAUCGUGUCCUGUGGACACCGCCGGGCCGCCAGCACGCUUGUGUGCACUGGUAGCGGAGCGGUACGCGGUGCUUCUACACUGGGAGGGGGGAGACUAUGGCGGGAAGAGAGCCUGGUGUGUGGCGCAGCAGGGAAUGCGGUGACAUUGAGAGGUCUGUCAGGUCUCAAGUCGCCCAUUGCUGCUUUCACGCUGUCCUUCCACACAAGUGCCCAUGCUAACAGCAAGCAGGACUUUUACCAGGUCCUUGGGGUACCUCGCUCUGCAAGCCAGAAAGAGAUCAAGAAAGCCUACUAUCAGAUGGCCAAGAAGUAUCACCCUGACACUAACAAAGAUGACCCCCAAGCCAAGGAAAAAUUUGCUCAGCUGGCUGAAGCUUAUGAGGUCCUGAGUGAUGAAGUAAAGAGGAAGCAGUACGACACGUAUGGCUCCGCCGGCUUUGAUGCAGGGCAGGCUGGUGGAGGGCAUCACUACUGGACAGGGCAGACCAGCAAUGUGAAUCCAGAGGAGCUCUUCCGCAAGAUCUUCGGAGAAUUCUCAGGAGGCCGUGGGUUUGGAGAUUUCAAUGCUAUAUUUGACCAGCCACAAGAGUAUGUCAUGGAAUUGACCUUCACUCAAGCAGCAAAAGGAGUAAACAAAGAGAUAUCCAUUAAUAUUGAUGCCGCCUGCCGACGCUGUGAUGGUAAGGGCCACGAGCCUGGCACUAAGGUCCAGCACUGCCAUAACUGCAACGGCUCUGGCAUGGAGACUGUGAACACGGGCCCGUUUGUGAUGCGCUCCACCUGCCGGCGCUGCGGCGGCAAAGGAACCGUUAUCUCGACCCCCUGUAACUCCUGCAAUGGGACAGGACAGACUAAGCAGAGAAAAACUGUGAUGGUUCCGGUGCCUGCAGGGGUAGAGCAUGGCCAAACAGUCAGAAUGCCAGUUGGAAAGAAGGAGAUCUUUAUAACAUUUCGGGUCCAAAAGAGUCCAGUGUUCAAGAGGGAUGGUGCAGACAUUCACUCUGACCUGCACGUCUCUGUUGCUCAAGCCAUUCUGGGAGGCACAGCCAGAACACAAGGGCUUUAUGAAACCCUCAACCUAACAAUCCCUGCAGGCGUCCAGUCAGACCACAGGAUCCGACUGACAGGGAAGGGAAUUGCUCGUAUCAGUGGCUAUGGCUUUGGAGAUCAUUACAUACAUGUUAAAGUAAAAGUACCCAAGACACUGACAGACAGACAGCGAUCUCUGCUAAUGAGCUACGCUGAGGACGAGACGGACGUGGAUGGGACAGUGAACGGCGUCACUGCCACCACCACAGGUGGCGGCAGCAGAGGUAAACACUGUGAGACAGGGCAAAGCAGGCUUGAUAAGGAGGAUGGAGAAUUGAAACAGGAGAGGGGCUUCUUCUCCAAAUUAAAGGCAUUGUUUAGUUCUUCCUGACAGUCACAAACCAGGUAAAAGGUCCUGGAGCUAAGAGGCUCCAUCAGCAGGUCACAGGGCAGAGAGGACGACAGCAAAAAGGAGACAAAUGGAUAAAUGUUUGAGAAGCACUGGGUGAUGGAUGAGGCUGGAUCAGUAAGGACUGACUCACCGACAGGGCCCAGCAGUGAGUAAGGAAGAGGAUUACCUGCUCCACAGUCGAUCCACAUACAAGGCGAUUUUCAGAUGCACCAUUCGCCUCAAUGACUAUCGUUCGUUGAGCCAUAGCAGUCGGCGCAUGUUGGUUUUAUGUUGCUUUUCUGUCACUGGUAAGAAAACAGAAUUAACAGACACAAAAUUCUAAAGAAGAUUAGAAAUGCAGGCAGAUAUUUUAUUCAGGAUAAACGUUUUAGUUGUUUUUGAUGAACGCUUGAGUAUCUCCAACUCUCAGCAACAUCACGUCUUACAGGUAGAAGCUGGUCAGACGUUUAUGAGGUCAAGGGUUGGAAAUGUUUUUCUGCAGAACCAUUUGAAGUUCCUUGUUCUCUUCUUGUCCUGUGGGAAGAUUAGGCUGAACCAUGAACACCCAUAACUCUGAUCUGUCCUUCUUCAUGCCUUUGAGUCAGUUCUGAGCAUAAUUGCAUAUGUACUUAAAGUUGUAAAUCAAAUGUGUUGAUGUAUCGUAUAAAGGAGAUACUGUACAGUUACAAUAAAAGUCUAGAAAAAUU